CUUUUCUACCAUGCUCAAGUUCGCGUCGAGGGUGCUCCCGCAAACACGGCUCUCACUUCCUGCUUUCCGCUCAUUGUCGACUGCUCCAAGUUUCCCCGAAUAUCACAGACCUGAUUCAGAGGCCCCGUCGCCGUCAUCGUCCGGCGCUACGACCAGCGCCGAGCAAAGUCUACCAGCGACGACCACGGCAGGCGCAGACUCGCUUUCGCUGCGCUCCCAGAUACAAUUUCACCUCCGUACUACACAAGGAAACCCCCUCGUCUCUCUUCCCCCUGAUGACCCAAAAUCCACAUUCAUGAAUAUCCCUCCUCCAGAGGAUCCUCUGCUGGAGUUCCUUGCCACCAUGAUUAUGAAGCACGGAAAGAAGGCAAAGGCCUCUAAAAUUGUUUCACGGACGCUUCUGCAUAUACAUGCAUACACCCGAGCACCCCCGCUACCCAUUUUGCGCGAAGCCCUUUUUGCCAUCUCCCCACUCACGAUAUGUUUGCGGGUCAAGACAACCGCUUUGAAACACAUUAUGAAGCCGGUGCCGUUGAGUGAGAGGCGGAGUCUGCGUAAGGGGAUAAGUUGGCUGUUGGAUGAGUGUAAGAGACCCGGACCGUUGUCGUUGGAGGAGAGGCUGGCACGGGAGAUAAUAGAGAUUAUGAAUGGGACAAGUAAAAUCCUGGGCAAGCGGGAUAGUGCCCAUAAAGAAGCUAUGCUCAACAAGGCGUAUGUGUUCCGGAGAAAAUAGUACAGCUCGUAACCACUGUUGCGUAUAUUUACUCAAUGCCAAUUCUACCUUGGAAUCAAAAUUAUCACGCAAAAAAUACCUGUUCCAAUUAACGAGUAGACUUGGUGUGUUUUAUUUGAGCGACAAAAUCUUCCGGCGUACAACCUACACACAUCAUCUACAUUCAGUCUAUAUUUGCGUGCCUAGUCGAGACUCGAGCGUCGAAUUCGCGUCAAUGCAGCACUCUACGAAG